AUGUUUGAGGAGAAUGAUCAACAACCUGAUGUUCCUAUUUCCCUGUGUGAUAGCUUCCCCACCCCGAAAAAACCCCGCUGUAAACAGAGAACAGAGGGGCCUUCGGAGCCCCCAGCUCAGCGGAGACCUAGCCAUCAGCACUGUGGUCACCGGCUGAGGUACCGCCUCCACCACUGUGUGCGCCUCCCCUACUCAGCCUCGUACGGGCAAGGGGCAGAGACUCCGAAAGUCUUGAGAAUCCAGAAUUUAUCCGUGGGUAGAGGGCUCCUCUCCACGCUGCCCUACUGUGUGCCCCUCAUGCUGCUCUGCGCAGCGGCGGCCUGGGAGCUCUGCACCCCUGGCCCCGUCCUUGACCUCCAGUGA